GAGAAAAGAGAGAGCAAUUUUUUUUUCUGGAGACAAAAAAAAAGUGAAAGAAAGAGAGAAGCGGAAGAAACAAUGUACAAGAGAUCACCACUAACGUUGCUCACCCUCCUGUCUCUGUUAUUGGGAUUCCUCAAUCUCACCAACGCUCUUUACGGAUCCUCGUCACCUGUGGUUCAGCUCACUGCUUCUAACUUCAAAUCCAAGGUACUUAAUUCAAAUGGAGUAGUGUUGGUAGAGUUCUUUGCACCAUGGUGUGGUCAUUGCAAAGCUCUCACACCAACAUGGGAGAAAGUGGCUACUGUUCUGAAAGGUGUUGCUACUGUGGCAGCUAUUGAUGCAGACGCUCACCAGUCUGCUGCUCAGGAUUAUGGUAUUCAAGGCUUCCCAACGAUCAAGGUCUUUGUUCCUGGAAAGCCUCCUGUUGAUUACCAAGGAGCUAGAGAUGCUAAAUCCAUUGCUAAUUUUGCUUACAAGCAGAUUAAAGCUCUUCUGAGUGACCGUUUGGAAGGAAAAAGCAAGCCAACUGGAGGGUCUAAUGAAAAGAAAUCUGAGCCUAGUGCAUCUGUGGAACUAAACUCUGCCAAUUUUGAUGAGUUGGUCAUCAAAAGCAAUGACCUCUGGAUCGUUGAGUUCUUCGCACCUUGGUGUGGACACUGCAAAAAGCUUGCCCCAGAGUGGAAAAGGGCUGCAAAGAACUUGAAGGGGAAGGUGAAAUUAGGUCAUGUCAAUUGCGAUGUUGAGCAGUCGAUUAUGAGCAGAUUCAAGGUGCAAGGAUUCCCUACCAUUAUGGUAUUUGGUGUAGACAAAAGCAGCCCAUAUGCUUAUGAUGGUGCUAGAUCUGCGUCAGCUAUAGAAUCUUUUGCUACUGAACUUGUGGAGUCUAGUGCUGGGCCUGUUGAAGUAACUGAACUUACCGGACCGGAUGUCAUGGAAAAGAAGUGUGGUUCUGCUGCUAUUUGCUUCGUCUCUUUCCUACCAGACAUUCUCGACUCCAAAGCUGAAGGAAGGAACAAGUAUCUAGACAUGUUGUUAUCCGUGGCAGAGAAGUUUAAGAGACAUCCUUACAGCUUUGUGUGGGUGGCGGCUGUUACGCAACCGGAUUUGGAGAAGAAAGUCAACGUGGGAGGAUACGGUUAUCCAGCAAUGGUAGCCAUGAACGUGAAGAAAGCAGUGUAUGCUCCUCUUAAAAGCGCAUUUGAGCUUCAACACCUCUUAGAAUUUGUGAAGGAUGCUGGUGCAGGUGGAAAAGGAAACGUGCCUAUGAACGGAACACCGGAGAUCGUUGAGACAAAAGCGUGGGACGGUAAAGACGGGGAAGUGAUCGAGGAAGAUGAAUUCUCACUCGAAGAACUCAUGGGAGGUGAUGAUAAUGUAGGUACCAAGGAUGAGUUGUGAAGAAUCCAGGGUUUGACCUGAUUUUCUCUACUUUUGGAUUUCGAACCGUUGAAUGUUUCUACUCUUUUAUAUUUUGCCAAAAAGAAAGUAAGAUAAGAGACAGGAACUAUCCAUAUGUAGAACUUCCCAAACAUUUUAUCAGAGAAUCUUUGGUGGA